AUGUCGCAGAACGGGAAUACGGGCAAGGAUGGGCGCAAAAGAGUCCUCGUCGUCGGUGCCGGUGCGGCCGGCAUGUCUACGGCCUACCAUCUGUCCAACCACCCUGACAAGUUUGAUGUCACCAUCAUCGACUCGGUCGACUAUUGCGGAGGCCAGGCAUUCUCUAUCCCCCUCGACAAAGAACGACAUGGCGCAAGUUGGUUCAACCAGGGCGUGCAGGGCGGCAGCUACAUCUUCCACCACACGCUGACCAUGUUCGCCCGCCAGGGGUACCACGCCGACCCCGUCAAGCUGCAAGUCUCAUUCGGCAAGGACGACAAGUUCUGGACAAAUGUCUUCCCGACCGACUUCAUCGCGAAGCACCAGGCCGAGGUCCGCCGCCUGGCGUUCAUGCUCAGGUUUAUGAGGUGGUUCGAGAUCUUCUUCGCGCUGCUGCCGCUCAAGGUCGUUUUCAAGCUCUUCCUCUUCUCCGACGAGUUCACAAACGUCGUUGGUCUCCCCAUGACCGCCCUGUUCCUUGGCACGGGCAACGCGACCCCGGAGGUCCCGGCAAUCAUGCUGGAGCGCCUCUGCACGUCGCCGACCUACGGAAUGUGGUACCCCGCCGACAAGAACAGCGUGGUGUCGAACCUCCCGCCAAUGGUUGUCUUCCCCAAUUUCACUGACUUCUACACCGCCUGGAAGAAGGACCUCGAGUCCCGUGGCGUGACCGUCCGCCUGUCCACCGAGCUCACCGAGGUCGUCCACCGGAACAAGCGCGGUGUCUUCGUCAAGACCAAGCCCCGCACCCCCGUGGAGGAUGGCCACAACCCCGUCGGCGGCGACCCGGACGCCAUCGAGUCGGAGGAACACUACGACGAGAUCGUUCUCUGUGUGCUUGCCGACACGGCCAAGAAGAUCCUCGGCAAGACGUCUUCCUGGCGUGAGCGCAGGGUCCUCGGCUCGGCCAAGUUCUCCGACGACAUCACCAUCACGCACAACGACUCCGACUACAUGAACAAGUACUACGAAAAUUUUUACGACGACGGCAAGGCCGUCAAGACGCUCGGCAAGAACGGCGACAUGGACCAUUCUUCUCGCCUCGCCUUCGCCAAGGACAACUUUAGGCCCAUGUACUACAUCCGCAUGUACGACGCCGACCUCUCCAAGCUCGAGAUGUGCUUCGACACCACCAACUACCAGAGCCAGUUCCCGCAGAAGGUGCCGUUCGAGCAGCACGUCUUCCAGACCAUCUACCUGAACAAAGGCCGCGACCGCAAGCACUGGACCGACGACGAGAUCGAUAAGGACAAGAUCAUUCGCGCCGACUGGUGGCACCAGCUCUGCCACUCGUGGACGCACUACGUCUUUGUCGUGCCCUGGAUGAUGUUCCUCCAGGCCAAGAAGCGCACCCGCUUCGCCGCUUCGUGGACCCUGGUCAACGCGCACGAGAUCGCCAUCAUGUCCGGCAUCGCCGCCGCCGUUGACAUGGGCGCCGACUACCCGGAGGACCUGGAACACGACAAGUUCGCGCUGCUGUGCUUCAGGCUGUACUAUCUCCUCGCCUACGGCAAAUGGUACCGCCGCAAGUUCAAGGAUAGCAAGAGCCAGAAGGCCAAGGAUGGCGCCAGCUGGGCCUCGGGCCUCUACGGAAGCGUCUAUCAGGGGCCGGGCGUCUCUACGACGGAGAGGUCGGUGUGGAGGGAGGAGGUGAAGGCCGGGAGGAGCACGGAGAACAUGGCUGACGGCAACAAUGGGCGGAGUCAGCCGUGA